UUGCGAGACUGCGCCGCAUUUUGUACGACAGAUAAAUUUGCAUCGCACUUGUUGGUUCCUUUUCCUCUUUCAAAUAUUUGUCAUUGCCGCCCGAACUGUGGCAUUUCAUUGCGGACAACCUUGAAUUCUCAUCGAUCAAGAACAUGGCAGAAGUAUCGAAAGACUUGAACACUUUUUUCACACCCUCUCUCUAUCGCAAUGUCAAUCUAAGUGUCCAUCACUAUGAGCCCAUCAUCGAAGAUGAUUAUAUCGUCCAGCGAUGGCCCUCCAACAUCCGAUAUGUCUUCGCCCAACAGAGCUUCUUCAUGCGACAGAUAUUCAACAAACCAGAGUAUGCCUCUAUGGUCCGCUCGUUUACCUGGACAAUGGGACUUCAUCGGUUAUGCAACCUUCCCGAAUGGGCAAAGGAGGAUGAUUCUCCCAUCCAGGAACUGGAAAAUAUCUACGCCCUUUUUGCUCUCAUGGACCAAGUUACAUUCGUCGACAUCGGUGGAGGGCCUAUUCAUCCAUAUCUGUCUGACUCUUCGCAUCUUACUUCGCUUUUUCCAAAUGCCACGCACAUCUCCCUCAGUGGACAGAUGCAUUAUGCACUGGCAUCCGCUAUUCUCCACGGCCAAGACAAAGCACCGUUGACUUCUUUGCGGAUCGGCUGUCUACUAGAAAGAGGCCGUGUGCGUUCCGGAGAGAAUUAUAUUUACAGAAAGAGUGGCAGGGAGAUGGAGGAGGACUGGCCGGAAGAUUCGAAUCCUAUCCAGAUAUACGCUGGCUGUAUGAGACGUGUUUUCAAUCUAUCGCUUCAGUCUCGAUGUCGGGAUCUUUCUGACCUGACACUCUGCUAUUUGGAUCUCGACAUGCUGCGUCACAGAAACAAUAUUCCUCCCGGCUGGAACUACUUGCCUGAUGAAACUCAUGAAGAAUGGACAUCGUUCCUCAAGGUUGUGCAGCCACAGCACUUGACGAUAGAAUACUUUGUCCUCUGCAUGGAAAGGUUGUCAGAGCUGCAGGGAAGAACAUGCAGGUUACCACGACCUGGAAAUCGGGUGUUCGACCAUAUCCUUUUGCCGGUCUUGCACGAAGCAUGGCCAGGUCUUCGCACCCUCGAUAUUCACGGUGUUUGGCCUGGCAGAUGGACCUUUUGGGAUCGACCUGAACCGCCGCAUCCGUGUGCGAAUUUCAACCAUUUGACCUCUGUAAACGUGCGAGUGGAUACUAGAUCACCUCAAUACUGGGACAGACUACGCAGGUCUUACAAAAGCUCUCGGGAUUUACGCGUGUGAAGUCUAUACAUCGUCUGCUAGCGAUAUGUAAUUCACAUAUAUUGAUAAACUCAUAUCUCACUUUAACCUCCCCUCGACAACACCGACUGGCACUCCCGGCGUUCUCCAAAUCUUGACUAAGUGCAAUCCUGAAAUAUCCAGC